UUAAACUCCGAUUAUUAUGUUAAAUUGUGUCCAACAUAAAUUAUGUUAAUCGCGAUACUUAAUGCAGAGUAAGGCAAACCAGUUUUUUCACAUGGUCAUAUAUAUGCUUCCUGGCGUGGAAAAAAAACAGGUCAGCUGAUUGUGAUUACGAAGCGUUCAGAACCAUGUAUCACAAUGACUGUUACAGGUUGAUAUAUCCACUACCUGCCGUUUACCAUUCGUGAAAUAAAAAACUUAACCCCGGCAUCUGACACCUGCUGAACUUUAAAUAUAAGCCGAGAGCGACACCCUCUUUCAUUCUUACUGGGAAGAUCUCCGAAUUCAAUGGAUUAAGACUAGUGUUAUAACGUUAGCCCGCUACCCGUAGAGCGACUUUUUAAAGACGUGACGUUAUUGUGGCUAAGCAGACGACAUUUGCGUGUGACAGACGAUCUUUCGCGAGGUAGAUUAAACCGAGCCUCAGCAGUGGAAAUGAGAAGAAACACGAAGGUUAUUAUGCUCAAGAGUAUUUGGUUAAUAAUCGUGGAUGAUGUGUCGUCAAUGUAUUUUGUGACAGUUUCUAAGUAUUGACUUUGUUUCAACAGUGGUCAGUGUCUUCUAAAGUAAACACUUUGUAAGUCUUUUAUAGUUGACUCACCAAGACCAACGCUUUCCAUAGAUUCGUCUUGGAUGGUAUUAUUGUUCACAUCUUUAUUCAGCGAAAGUAAAUAACACAUGAAUAUUUAGCCUACCGGAUCUAUGCAUUGUACCCAGUGGUGAUACGACCACUGGCAUUAUAGUCGUGUAUUGUUGUGUGGUUUUUUUAUUUCAUGUUCUAAGAACAGUGGACUCUGUGCUAUACUGACAUACAAUUUUGGCCAUGACAUUCUCUCUUGUAUUGAGAUAUGAUUUUGCAGAAGCUAACAGGUUUGUGGUUUUGAUUUGGCAUUUUCGGUCAGCUAAAACUAAAUAAAUUUUACAUUGCAGUUCACACCUGCAUUGACGACUGAAAAAACAAUUUUUUCACUAAAACAAAGCCAAGAAUUAACAAGGUCUUGGUUUUUUAGUGGAAUCUCAUUGCAUUGUAAAUUAGGUUGGUUAGGUCUUACAUAUCGUAGUCACAAUAUUUACUGAGAGUGAAAGAUAAAACUCAACCAUUGUCACACAGGAUAUUCACGCCGACUAGCCUCUUGUGCACUUUUCACACAAACGACAGCACAUACCACGGUCUUUAAUAUGCCUGACGCGGAACACUUCCUGUUCAGGUACAAAUAAAUUAUGGUGCGACAUCAAGGAGUCUGAGAACAGUUCAUCCAGUAUGUCUGAAAAUCUUCUUGUCCCCGGAAACACAACUCCCGAGUUGGCCAUCACUCCAACCAACUCCACGUGGUCCAUCUACCAAGCAGAUUCAAGUGACGACGUCAACAACAAUAGCAGCAGCAAUGGCAACAGCACCACAUUCACUGACAGCUACCCCCAGGUGCGGCGACGCAACUCGUUCACGGAGAUGCCAGGUCUGAGUUUAUCUUGUGAUGAUUUUGUUAAUUUGCAAGACGAAAGCUUCAUCACCCAAUCCAACAGCCUCGUCAGAAAUAACCAGCACCACGACGACGACAACGACACCGCAUUCAUCGACAGAUAUUCCCAGAGGGAGCGGCGUGACUCCUCCAGACAACUCUCAGCUCUUGGUGUGUCACGUGAUGAAUUUUCUGAUCUUCAAGACAACAGCUACAUCACCAAAAAUGACAACUUUGUCACCAAUAGCGACCACGACCACGACGUUACCCUUCUCCCUGUCGACAGGAGUGACGUGGACAACGACGUCAUGUCGUCUCGGUUUCUCGACAGGAGUGACGUGGACGACGACGUCAUGUCGUCUCGGUUUCUCGACAGUCUGGACUCCUGUGAAGAAUAUUCAGGGAUGCGGGAGGAUAGGCGGUAUUCGAUUGUUGGCGACCCGACCCAGGCUCGCCCAGUACGGAAGCGCUGUAAUUCCUACAUGGAGUACUCCGACUACGAGGAAUCGAACGCGCUCUCUGGUGUCGCGGACAGUGUCGCCUCAACGUCAUUCGACGUUUCAGAGUCAGAGACAGAAUCUCACAAUGACCACGUGGAUGAUUCUGAUAUUCUGACGUCAAUUCUCGCCCUCAGAAGAUUAUCGAAAGACGAAAUAGUUCGGGACAGCACGGCCAUAUUGCUGCAACUUUAUGAAGAGAACCAGUCGUUGAGGGAUCAGUGUGCCAGUCACGAAAAACUUUACUUGGAAAAUACCGAAACGAUCAAACAACUCCAAUAUGACUUGACGAGAAAAGGUCGACUUCUCAAAGAUCUGUGUGUUGAACUGGACGAGAAAAACUUCCAUCUCAAUCCGGAUACGAAUACUGAAAACCUAUCCAGGUGCGAACUACGUGAAAGAAUUCUACAACUAGAAGAUGAAAACGAGGCUUACAAAGCGGCGAAUGACAUGCUGCAAGCUGAAAAAGAAGACAUGACGAAACAAGAAGAUAAUUACGAACAACAAAUACAACAAUUACAAGACGAAUUUGCUCUCAGCAAAGACGAUUUGAGAAAACUUUCAGAGGAACACAACAAAUGUGAAAAUAACACCAAAGAACUCGUGGACUCCGUUAAAGACCUCAAGAUUAUAAUACGACAUCUGACUUAUGAAAAUCUCGAAUUGACGGAAACCAUUCAGGGUCUGAGGAAUUCCACGGACAAGAAAAUGGAUGAAGAGCUUCGUAACGUUCGGGACAGAUGCGACGAGCUCCAAGAACAGCUCACAAAGGCACACGAAGAUCAACGAAGAGCAUCGUGUAGCGCUCCGAAUAAGUUGGACAACAGUCUGGGCGACAGUGACGAUUCGAUCUUCUCUGAGAUCACACGGACUGUACCGAAACAUGCAGAUCUUCCGCCAAACUUGGCACCAGUCAGAAAUCGAACCAAAUCGUGUUCUCGCCCUCCUCGUCAAAGACGACCGGAAGCGUUAAGGCGCCGUGCAGCGAGUGUGACACAGAGUCUGGCUGCGACUUCCAGUCAAACCGCCCAACAAGCCGACCUUGAAAACCUACCCAAACUGACGUCACUGUUCAGCGGUACCUCCAUUCUCAACAGAGUGGGGUUGCUGGUGGCAGGACUGGCUGCAGUGGGGGCGGUGUCUUUAGUCGAACCCACAGGCUUGGUGGCAGAAUCAGGUUUGGACAUGGGGAAACCAGGUACACCGGGGUCAGGGGACUUGGAGGCGGCGUUGGCACGACUUUCGACCCUGCACACGACAGUAGCGAACGAUGGUCCUUUAACCAUUAUUAAUUUUGCUGAAGAAAAUGCUAUAAAAACUGCCUCUCCUGUGGAGUCAUCUACAAAUGUGGCGUCUGGACGCGAAAAUACUGCGUUUUCUACCACCCCGUUAACAGUCUCAAUUUUCCGGUUCUUGUCAUCACUGACAAAGCCCACCUGCUCACCGACAUUUCUGACAAACCCAGCUUACAGUGUGACAUCAUGUAGUGGAAUGAACGCAGUUUUGUGCCUAGAUAGCCACGGUGCCAAAAAGAAAGCAUCGAUAGUUCAGCGUUCAUCGUCAAGUUUUACGACAUUCCCGUCAGUCCGUCGCAGGACGUCACUGCCCAAUGAACUGGUCGCCUCACCUUUGCCGUCAAGCAACUCUCAAAGAGUAACAAUGACAUCGGCACAAUAUGUCACGUCAUGUCUUCCGACUUCCGCUACAGUUUGUUCGAGAAACGAGGACAAUGGUGAAUCAACUCACACCACAACCUCUCGGAAAACAUCUAGAGCUGUGCGUUUUUCCGACUGGUCACUUAAUAAUGACGUCAUGCCAGUGAAGACACUUCAGACGUCACAGUCGGUACCGUCGAUGAGAAUGACUUCAUGCACCAGUGUCCUGGGCGCUCUGACGUCAUUCAGGCAGACGGGAACGUUCAGUGCCCAGCAGACGACUUACGACAAGAAUAUCGGUAUCGCAUCGGUAUUAUCGCCCGCUCUCGAAAGAUUGGUCAAUUCAUUUCAAUUUCAGUUCAAUUUAUCGCCCAAUACCAAACAAUUUGGUGUCAGCAAACAUAACAGAGAUAACAACAAAUAAUAAUAACAACACUAUCAAUGUACAGGCCAGACGAAGACACAAAAGUUGUAUAAAAUGAAAUGACUAUAUUAUCAGUUGGUGUGUAGAGGCAUCUCCAUGAAAGCCGGCGAUCACGAUCGCUCGCUAGACUGAUUCUUGCAUCUAACGUCAGACGAAUGUGAUGUGAUAGAACACGCUGAUACCAGUCAAAGUGUUCACGGACGUCCGGCCUCUUGAACAUGCCACUGGCAAAGACGAGAUGGUCGCGUCAAAUAAAACGUUUUGUUAGGUCAUUUUCCCUUUAGUUACAGAACAUCAAACAGAGGGAAAGUAUAAAUUUAGAAAGGUGAAAGAUUUCAUAAGGCAUUUCAGAAUGUGUAUUGCAAUUUUAAUGAGGAACUAUUUUCCUAAUUCUGGACAAAAUAUUAAUUUUAAGUUUUGAAAGAUGAAAGAAAUAAAAAGUACCUUUUGUCAAAUAUAUCAUAUCACAAAAUUACCGUUGGAUAUGUUUUAUUUAUUGUGUACGAAGCCAAAACAAGGGUCCAAAAAGUGACUGUCGUCGACCUUAAUUGUGCAUUAAAAGGUCGUUGGUUAGUAGUGUUCCCGUCUCUAAUUUUGGUAUCGCGCUCAUGAAAUUGUAAAGAUUCGUCACCGUUUUUGUCUGUUUUCAUUUCAAAUGUUGCACAAAAUAGCAUUUUAAACAUGCAUAACGGUUAACUGCUUUAAUAGGCAAUUCAAACCAAGCACCAACUUUGUUUACAUAUCGCUAACCAUGUGCUAUAAAUAGUAGCGUUGAAUACGGCAUAGUUCCGGCAGUUGAGUUGAAUACAGAAAAGUGUAUUUCAUUUUUGUAUUCAGUACUGUAUUUAUAUAGUAAGAUUUAAUGGGUAUGUAAUAUAUAUAUAUAUAUAUAUGGUCAAAUCCAUGUAGCUAUCCCCAUAGGGCCAUUUUUAAAUCUUCAUAUAUAAUCAAACUUUUUCUGGCAUUGGAAGGAAGUAUCUAUGGGGGAUGUAAACCUAAUAAUAUAAUAUUGCUGAGUUUUAUUUACAUGUUUGGUAUACAACACUUCAAAACCAUUCCACAAACUGAGUUCUAAACACGUGAAAAAGAGCCAAACUUCAAACCUUAUCCAUGAGAUUCUAAUAAAGCCUGACAUUUUUAUUUUAUACCAUUAAAGAAUGGUUAUUGUUGCUACUUUAUCAUGAGAACAUUUUAUUAAUUUGACCAUAAAUAUGUAGCCCGACCAAUGUAACACCCGUAACGGAAAAAGAAGAAAAGUUGUGUUAUAUUAUUUAGUUUUGAUGGUAGAAACCCAAUAUUUUAUUUCUUCUUUAUUUUCUUAAUUACUAUUAAUAUGAAAUGAGUUCAGGAAUUAUCUGUCAAACUGAAUUGAUUUUCCAGCGUUACGGGUGUUACAUAUUUGAAACGUUACGGGUGUUUCACAUUAUGUCAUUUUAACUUUUUACUUAAGUAAAAUCAUAAAAAUAAAUUUUCAAUUCAUAACUAUGUAUAAAUGUAUAUAGUUGUUUGCAUUAUUGUAGCUUACUAUCAACAAUGGCGUUUGGAAGAAAAAACCCCUGAUAUAUAUGAAAUUACUGUGUGCAAAAAUCCAUACUGAUCUACUACAAAACAUUAGCAUGAUCCGAAAUGAAUUGGUUAUACAAAUUUUAUAAUUCUAAGCAUGAAAAUAUAAGUAGAGUACAAUAUAAUAAUUAUGAAAGGUUAUAUGUUGUCGGCCAGUUGGCUACAACUGAAACUUUUGAUUCCAAAACCUACAUCCAGCCACAGAUGUUCAAAAUUGCCAGAUGAAACCAUCAGUCUUGUCUGCAGAUUUUUCGAGAAAGAUGAUAUCUCACGACAAGCCCCGGGUAAAAGGGAUGUUAUCAUUGAUAAAUCAAACAAGAAAAAACCCCAGAAACGCCACCUGACAAUGUCAAUCGGCGGAGCGUAUUCAUGUUUCAAAGAAGAUAACCCUGCAGUCAAUAUUGGGCGUACAAAUUUUUUUGAACUCCGUACUAUUCACAUGCUUCCAGCAGCCGACAUGCCAAAAACACACCCAGUGGCUUUGUUUAUAUGACGAGAAUAUCAUCAUGACUCUUGAUUGUCUGUCCAAGAAGGCCUCAAAUGUGUUUCAUCCAUAGUCACAGGAUUUCAAUGUGUUUGUGCAACAUCAAAGACAUGCAUGAAUAAUGACUGUGAAACACGUUGUGAUGAGAAACUAUUUAUUGAGGCAUUUGAAUCGAAGGUCACCAGAAUAACCCGAGAUCAUGAAGCUUCAUGGUAUCAGUGGAUCAACGUUCAUGCAAAGUUUGAGAAACAACUUCAGCAGGGUACUGUAGGUGAAGCUAUGUUAUUGUUGAAGUCAAAAUUACAAAACUUUCUCAUUCAUUCCCAUGUAAAGAGGGAACGGGCGUCAUUCUUUGAGAAAGUAAAACAUGUAACUGAUCCAUCACAUACAGUAAUUCAAGUUGAUUUCUCAGAGAAUUAUACUUGUGUGUAUGCUGACGAAAUCCAGUCUGCUCACUGGCAUCAGAGACAAGUUUCAUUAUUCACAUCCGCUGUGUGGACUGUUGGUGGUAUAACAUCGUGUGUGUUUGCCAGCGAUAAUCUCACACAUUUUUAAGAAACUGUUGUUCCAUAUAUUACACUUCUCAUUCACAAAGUUUUGAAAGCAAACCUUGAUGUAACGACCAUCCAAAUAUUGAGUGAUGGAGCAGCAUCACAGUUCAAAAACAAAUUCAUAUUUAGAUUUCUGACGACAAUCAAGGCAACAGUGGAAUGGAAUUUGUUUGCUUCUUUCCAUGGUAAAGGUCCCGUUGAUGGGAUUGGUGGUAUUGUUAAGCGUACUGUUGAAUGUUGUGUUCGAACCCGCAAAGUGAGUGUACAGGAUGCAAGUUCAUUUGUUAAGGCUGCAGAAAUGUGCAAUAUCAAUAUUGAAGUUGAGGAAGUAACAAAAAAUGACAUGGAUCAAUGUUUCAAAAGAUCCCCUGUACGAGACAGUCAGUCAAUGCCAUCCCCACGAUACAGAGCAUUCACUCUUAUACAGCCACAGAUAAAUGUGACAAUGGAGCAAGUGUUGUUGAUUAUUGUGUUGCAUCACCUAUGUUAUUUCAAACUGUGAAGGAUUUUGUAGUAGAAAAUAGAACUGAAUCAAAACAUUUACCAAUAAGUCUAACUAUACAUACAGGAAAUGCACAAAUUUCUGAUAGUAGUUGUACAUAUAUAGAAACAUUUAUUUGGGAUGAUAAGAAGAAUGAGUAUACUGCAAAUAUUGCUAACUCUACAAAUUCUAGUUUGUUAAUUAAUGCUAUAUCAAUGGUAGAUGUUGAUGUACAUGUAUCGGUACAGAUGUUUAACGACAUGCUGAUUUCCGUUGGACAGUCUUUAUUAUAUAGAAAGGGCACAUAUCGGAAGAAUCAUAAUAAAUGGUUUGAUGGUGAAUGUCGCCAAUACAAAAGACAGGCAAGAUAUGCACUUAGAAAAUAUAGAUAAUUUAGAACAAGGUAUAGUUAUGGUAAAUACAGAACAGCAAUGAAUAGAUAUAAAGCACUUGUAAAGGUAAAGCAAGAUAUUUAUGUAAAUGAUGAAAUCGAUAAAUUGUCAACAGCUGGUAAACAAAAGAAUAAAGUAUUCUGGUCCCAUUUAAGACGCAUGCGAUCGAAACAAGAUAUAAACAUUCCAACAUCACAAGAUAAAUGGUUUACACAGUUUACAACAUUAUUCAAAGAAAUUGAUGAUGAUAAUGACAUGGUUUAUAAUGAUGAUAAAGUUCAUUCUAUUAAUAGCAGAGGACAAAAUUUAGAUGACAUUAUGACAGGUUAUACUGCCUCAAUAACAAGAUGUGAGAUUGAAUCUUCUAUUAAUUCAUUGAAAAUGGGCAAAGCAGCAGGGUUUGAUAAUCUGAUUGGGGAAAUGUUUAUUUUUGGUAAAGAUUAUUUUUAUGAAUAUAUGAUAAAACUAUUUAAUACAAUUUUUGAUAGUGGUGUAUUCAAAGAUAUGUGGACAAAAGGAAUGAUAGUGCAAUUUAUAAGAAUGGAUCAAAAGAUAAUCCAGGUAAUUACCGUGGAAUUACUUUAUUACCUGUACUUAGUAAAAUAUGUAUCUCUAUUAUCAGUAAAAGGAUAACAGACUGGGCCAAUGAUCAUAAUAAAAUAACCAAAGCUUCAGCAUUUCAUUGCAUAGAUAGAAAAAAGUUAUUGUUUCUCCUACAAGCUAUUUAUAAAACCUUUAUGUCAUGUAUCAGAACAAAUGAUGGACUAACAGAUUUUUUUUAGUGCCCUGUCGGCCUUAGGCAGGGGUGUGUUUUAAGCCCGAUACUGUUUUCUUUGUAUAUAAAUGAACUUAGUGGUGAGAUGGUCAAGUAUUGUGAAAGAGGUAUCCAGAUGACACCAGAUCUUACAGAAAUUAUGAUGUUGUUGUUUGCAGAUGAUGUUGUUUUACUUUCAGAUACACGAGGGGGGUUACAAAAGCAACUAGAUAUACUGUAUAAUUAUUGUUAAAAAUGGAAGCUGAUUGUAAAUUUACAGAAAACAAAAGUAGCAGUAUUUCGAAGAGGGGGGGGGGGGACUUUGCUCUACUAAAAAAUGGUAUUAUGGAAAGGAAAUACUAAAUGUGGUUCCACAAUAUAUCUAUCUUGGGAUAUGUUUCAAUAGUCAAACAGGUUUAGCACAAGUAACUAGUCAUUUAGCAGUCAAAGGUAAAAGGGCAUUAAUAGAGGUUUUGAGAACAAUGUCAAACUACAAAAUAUUCCCAUUUCAUAUUUAUUUUAAAAUAUUUGAUACACAGGCAUUACCUAUUUUAUUGUAUAGGUCUGAACUAUUGGGUUUUCAACAGUUCGAAAGUAUAGAAAUAGUACAAUAUAUGACUUGUAAACGAUUUUUAAAUGUAAGUAAAUAUGUACCAAAUGUCAUGGCACUAUGGAAAUGUGGAAGAUAUUUGAUAUACCAUAACAGUCUCAUUAGGUAUAUACAGUAUUGGAUAAAAUUGUUGCAAAUGCCAGUUUUCAGAUAUCCUCGUAAAGCUUACAUGUUAUAUUCUUUAGAUAAUGCAGGAAGAUAUACGUGGGCUACUGCUAUCAAGAAAAUUAUGUUUUCUUUAGGUUUUGGAUAUGUGUGGAUAUCUCAAGAUGUUGGGGAUAAGUCAUUAUUUUUAGCCACAUUCAAACAAAGAGUAAAAGAUAUUCAAACACAACAUUGGAUUACGAAAAUUAAUUCUAGUAGUAGGUAUGAUAUAUAUUGUAAAUAUAAAUUAAAUCUAGAACCUGAAUUAUAUCUUACAUCUUCUGCACUUGACAUGUAUAAAAAGGAUAUAGCACUGAUUAGAAUGGGAGGAGUGGGUUUAGCGGUGGACGAGGGUAGAAAUAUAGGUUUAAAUAAAAGGGAUAGGAUUUGUAAAUUAUGUAAUAAAAGAGAAGUAGAAAACGAAUUCCAUUUUAUUAUAAAUUGUCCAUUAUAUGAAACUUUAAGAGAAAUGUAUAUACCUAGAAAGUUUUUGACAAAUAGAUCCUUGUAUACUUUUAAUGAAUUGAUGUCUACAAGAAAUGAAAAUACACUCAAAUAUUUAGGUAUUUAUUUAGCUAAUGCAUUACAGUUAAGAACAGAAAGAAGUGGUGUAAGUUACAGAUCUGGUGUGUAAAGUAAAUGUAUAGAAGAUUAUAACUAUGAUGUUCAUAUAGUGGUACUUUGGAAUAAUGUCACCUGCACAAAGGUCCAGUUGUUCAACAAUCAUAAGCCAACUACACGUUGAUAAAGAGUGUGUAUGUGGGUGAGGGUGGGGUAUGGUAAUAAAGGAAAAUAAUAAAUAUGAGAAUAAAUUAUAUGAAUCAAAACUAUAAUAGUGGGAUAUAAGUUAAUUUGUAGACUUAUAUGAGAUAAUGUACACCAAAAAUAAUUGUUAGAAAAUACAAAUAUUGUUAUUCUUCCUAAAAUCUAUAUACAAACUAAUUGCAAUUAAAUAAUAUUUAGUUUGCUAUAUGAAUUGUUGAACAACGGGUCCUUCAAAUGUCACCUUUUGUUGUCUGUAAAUGGGCUAUGGCCUAAAAACGGAAUAAAGAAUUGAAUUGAAUUGAGAUAAGUCAACCACUGUUUGCCGACAAACGUCUACGGCUAUACUUCAGAAAGCUCAUAAAUUCCAUGGUGAAUAAAAUAAUGUCCUCUACUCUCAGUAUAAACAAGUCAGUUUUGUUGGUGAUUAUAUUAAUAAACCUAUCAUCGUUGUUUUGUUUAUGUAUGUAUAUAAAUAUGUUUCAAUAAAGUUUAUACAUUA